AUGGAUGAAGCUCUUCAUACUGCAUCAUCAAUCCUUGCAUGUGAUAAUACAAUACCAAAGACCACUAUUGAAUCUGCUCAUUGCUUUUCAGCUUCUGAUCAACUAUACUUAACUCAAUCUCUAUUGAAGAAGAUUGUAUCAAUGAUGACCGAUUCAGAAAACCCAAUUUACCCUGCUUCAAGAAAUUCAGGUGUAAACCAAGUUUGGCAAAUUGGAGCCAUUGAAUUAUAUCAGGCUUUCUUCUAUGAAGCUGGAGAGAGAUUGGUUCCCACAAUUGUUAAGAAUAUAGAUGCGUGUGGAAAGAAUGUUACAAAUUACUCAAUAAUAUUUAUUUUAAUCACAUUCAUUCUUUCUGCUAUCAUUAUCUUUUCGGCACAACACGAAAACAAUUUGCUAAAGUUUGCAUUAAUUCAAAUAUUAAGAUGCCCACCGACAGUUAUAUUAAACAAUCAGAAAAUCAUGGAUUUGAUUUCUGGGGAUUACAGUCAUAAAAACGAAGAUAAUACAGAGAAACACAUUUGA